CCUCUACUGCAGAGAACCACACAUGGCUCCUACAAUCAAUUCAGCAAUGACUUCUUCCCAGGACCACCUAACCCUGCCCCACAAGAUCAGAAAGCCGCUGGUGGAAAAGCUACGCAGAGAGCGAAUCAACAGCAGCAUUGAGCAGCUCAAGUCUCUGCUGGGUCCAGAGUUCCUCAAACAAGAACCUGACUCCAAGAUGGAGAAAGCAGACAUCCUGGAGAUGACAGUUGACUUCUUGAGACAACUGCAGCUCUCUUGCCUUGGAAAUUCUGUCACAGGUUUAACAGCUGCCAACCAGGGUCACUCCAGGUGUGUUCAGGAGGUGGUCCACUUCCUGUCUAAGGAUGAGGUGAAGACACUGUCCAACAGAAGAAUGUUGGAUCACUUUCAGAACCUUCGGACCUCCUCUGAUACAAGGCUGACUGAGGGUGGUUCAAUUCAGCUGAGCUCUCCACUCAAGCCAAAUAUCACCAAAGGGAAGAGUUCAGUUAACAGCGCCGUCUGGAGGCCCUGGUAGAAACCUAAAUUCUGGAGGUACUAGACAACGUUGACCAUGUUGGUCACAACAUGUUAUUGUCAAUGUAUAAUAUUAACUCAAUAGUAGUAAUUGUUUGAUGUUCGAAUAUCACAUUAUUCUCCUAAAAGAAGAACACCUGCAUGUUUCUGCUGCGCGUUCUAGUGUACUGUAUCAACGUUGUUAUUACAGACUCACAUAGGAGCUUUAGCUGCUAUAAAGUUUGAUGUUCAAACUUAAUGGCCAUUAUUUUUGAAAAUAUUGUUCCUUUUUCUCCCAUGUAAAGACAGGGUAUGUUAGGUGCAUUUAUUUCCAUUUAAGGAAACAUUUUUACACUGCAUAAUUAAUUUCUAAUGAUCAUUUUGAUCUAUUCUGUUUUCUUACUUAAAAUCUUUGAUUUGUAAUCUGUGCUCUAUGAAUUGGAUCUGUUAAAGAUCAAGAAGUAACUUUUAUCUGUUGCAUUGUGGAAGGUAAUUCUUACGAUCAUAUUGAUCUAUUCUGUGUUCUUUCUUUAAAUCUUUGAUUUGUAAUCCGUGCUCUAUCUAAUGUGAUCUGUUACAAGAUCAAAAAGUAACUUUUAUUUGUUGGCCUGGCAUGAGGUUAUUCUUAAACACAUUGGUGACAAGUGGUGACAUUUCUAUUUUCAGGAAAACUACCAUCUUUAUUUUUCACAAGCGUUACUAUCCAAAUUGGAUCCUAAUUGAUCACUUUGUGAUGACACAUUCCUGAUCAAUUAUAUGAUCAUGUUGCUAUUUUGCUUUUAUGAUGAAGCAUAAAACAUUAGAUUCAUAAUGAAAUAUGAGCUGCACGUUAAAAUGUAAUGUCAACUCAAUAUUGUUAAAUGUAACAUAUCUGGUAUGUCUUCUAUGAAGACAACAAAUGUAUAUCCUCUACUCUGUUUGAGUACAAUGUGUUUGGAGAUCUUUUUCUAAUGAUGUUGUGAUGUGUCAUCACCUCUAUUGGACUUCAGUUGAAGUUUUAUGGUUCUGAA